AUGACCUCUACUUCCACCACCGCACUCCAUACAUCCAUCAAGACCUCCACUCAUGCCACCGAAACAUCUACAUGCACCACGAUCUACAAUGUCACUACAGUGAAACCUACAUCCACAGACGUGUCCACUGUCUCCACCAAGACGCCUACACCCAUCACAAACUCCACUGUCUCCACCCAGACACCUACACUUACUAUGACCUCCACUGCCACCACUGUGCCAGCUACAUCCAUUGACACCUCCACUUUCACUACCAAGACAUCCACAUCAACCACCACUGUUGCUCCUGAGUCUUUCACAUCCACUGCAGUCUCUUCUCUCAGCAGCAAGACACCUACACCUACCACAACCUCUGAGUUACCAACAUCCACCAUGACCUCUACUUCCACCACCGCACUCCCUACAUCCAUCAAGACCUCCACUCAUGCCACCGAAACAUCUACAUCCACCACGAUCUACAAUGUCACUACAGUGAAACCUCCAUCCACAGACGUGUCCACUGUCUCCACCAAGACGCCUACACCCAUCACAAACUCCACUGUCUCCACCCAGACACCUACACUUACUAUGACCUCCACUGCCACCACUGUACCAGCUACAUCCAUUGACACCUCCACUUUCACUACCAAGACAUCCACAUCAACCACCACUGUUGCUCCCGAGACUUUCACAUCCACUGUAGUCUCUUCUCUCAGCAGCAAGACACCUACACCUACCACAACCUCUGAGUUACCAACAUCCACCAUGACCUCUACUUCCACCACCGCACUGCCUACAUCCAUCAAGACCUCCACUCAUGCCACCGAAACAUCGACAUCCACCACGAUCUACAAUGUCACUACAGUGAAACCUACAUCCACAGACGUGUCCACUGUCUCCACCAAGAUUUCUACACCCAUCACAAACUCCACACUUACCAUCGAGACACCUGCAUCGACCAUGACCUCCACUCUCACUACCAAAAGUUCUGCAUCUACCAAGGCCUCCACUGUCACUACUGAAACACCAACAUCCACCAUGACCUCUGUUCUCACCACUGAGAAACCUAUAUCCACCUGUAUCUCCCCUGUCACCACAAAAAUGUCUACAUCCACCACACCCACCACUGAGACACUUAAAACUACCACAGAGAUACCUACAUCCAUCCAGAUUUCUACUGUAACUUACACAACACAACCUCCCACCAUGAUCUCCACUGCCACGCCUGUACCACUUACAAGCACUGGUGUCACCACCAAGACACCUGCAUUGAUCACAUCUCCCACAGUCUCUACUGAGACACCUGCAUCUAUUUUGACCUCAGCUGUCAACACAGAAACAUUUACAUCUGCUGCAUCUUCCACUUUAACUGCCGAUACCCUUGCACCUAGAACAACAUUCGCUACCACCAACAUAAUGCCCACAUCCACUGCAACCACAACCAUCAUAGGCGAGACACCUACACCCACUACAACCCCAACUGCCACCACCACAUGGGCUAUAUCCUCUGAGGUUUCCACUAUCACCACUGACAUACCUACGUUUACCACAACCUCUGUUGUAAUCACCAAGACACCCACUACACCCUCCACUGUUACUACCAAAAUGUUGUCAUCCAAUGCAACCCCCACUGUCCCAAUUGAGACAUCUAUAUACACUGAGGCUUCCACUGUCACCCUAGAGACACCCAUAUCCAUCUCAAAUGCCAUUCUCACCAUGGAGACAUCUGCAUCUACUGGAACUGCCACUGAUAUCACUGAUAUGUCUAGAUCCACCAAGACAUCCAUUACCACCACUGAGAUACCAUCUACUGAGGCCUCCACUGUCACUACCAGGACACCAACCUCCAUAAUAACCCCCACUGUCACCACUGAGGCACCUACAUCCACCUCAGUCUCUACUAUCACCAAAGAAAUGUCUACAGGCACUGCAAUCUCCACUGCCACCGCUGAAACCUCUAUUUCCACCAUGACCUCCACUGCCAACACCACCUUGAUUUUGGCCACUAAGACCUCCACUGCCAUAACAUCCACUGCAAUCUCUACUGUCACCACUGCAAUUGAUGCAUCCACCCCAACCUCCACUUUUACUACCAGUUGGACUUCAGCUACCUCUCCAAGAUCAUCUGGCUCCAUCAGAAUCAGUGUCACACCAUCCUCUGCUCCCACUCUGGAGCCAGGAGCUGAGACCAGCCGUAGUUCUGUGACUGGGGCAGGUUCAAAUGUCAGUGGCCCCGUGCUACUCACAUCUCAGGGCCCAUCUGGCUCCAGUGUUGCCUCAUCCAGUCCCACCAUCGUUCCUGGGCAGAGCUCUCUCACCACUUCUGAUGCUGCAGACAAUGUCCUCCCAUACUGGGCCAUUAUCUUGAUCUGUCUGGCUGCUGUGGUCACACUCAUCUUCUGCUGUGUGUUCGCAUUUUUGCUGAAGUCCAUUCGGGCUGCUCCCACCUCCUACCAGUUCUACUAGACUCACCAGCUAUUCCAAGGGCUGAGCUUCCGCAAGUCCAGCUGGUGGAAGAAAGGACUGACCAGUGCUCCUGCCUACAGCCAUCCAGAAUCGGGUCUGACCCUUCCGGCUACCCUUUGGUUUAUCAACAGCCUUCAUAUUCAGCGGUGACCCAAGAGAUACCAUGUUAGUCCUCAGCUGCAUGAUACAUGGAGCUGUCCUUUAGAGAGCACCCCUGAGACAGAUCAGCUUGUGGCCCAGCUGAGGCUGAUUCUUGAGCAGGGGGUGACAAAGCAGGCAGAGAACCCAGGUGUCCUGAGUUCAGCUAUAUGGCUGUGUUGCAGCCCAAAAGAAAGAAGCAGUAGAAGAAAAGUGAAACACAAAGGAUGAUCUGCUACAGAGAACCCCAGACUCUUGGUUUCUAUCCCUGGCCGUGGUUAGGGAGUGGGUUCUUGGACUUUUCUGUUCCUCUGACUCUGCGGGAGCUACUUAUCUUGAAAUAUUUGUAUUUUGCUCAGCACUUAUAUUUGACUGCCUUGCAGUACAGCUCUUUGAAGCAGAGCCACUUUUUCCUUGUGUCUGUGUAGCACCUGGUACACUGCAGCCCUGAUCUCACUGUGGACAGGGACCCUCUCUCCCAGUGUGACCUGAAAGCAUCUGGCCAAAUGGGACCCUAAUAACUCAUAUUCUGUCCCUCUCAGAAUCCUUGAAUCCAUAUACUUGAAGUUUUCUGCCCCUGGUGGCUGUAUAUUGGCCGGGACAUGCUAGCUACACAUUUUGUUUCAAAAGAUCUUGUCAAUCGUUUUUAAUUUACUUCUUGCAUUAAAAGUUUCCAGGUUUGCACAGAGUAGGAUUCAUGAAGUCCUGCUGUAUUCAGUACUCAUGUAUUUAUUCAGUAGAUUUUGUAUAUUUUAAUAAUAAAUGGAAAAUAUUUCACCUGA